AUUUUAAGCAGCUCCAAAAUAUAAUCAUGGGUUGAGGACAAUCAAAUUCAGUCAAGAGGCUACACACCAGUCCAGUUGUCAAGAAAGAUGGCGUUGAUGUCUCUAAGGAUAAUGGUAACCAAUGGCAUGUAGAGAAUGAACGUAGUCAUAGAGCGGAUCCUCCAGAGCAAUGGAACUUUGCUGGUGAUCUUGAAGUUGAGGAGCACAAUGAGCCUAAAGAGCCUGAAAAAUAAGGAGCAGAUCCCUGUCAGGCAAUCUAUUGAUGAUGUCAAAAAGUCAGAGAAGUUUAGAAAAAUUCAAAGGAUUAAAACAGAGAAGAUGGUUAAUCAGAUUGCUCAGAAUAAUCCAGAGAAGCUGGGGGAAGCUUCUAUGAAUAUUAUUAACAGGAUUGAUAAUAAGAAGCUUCAGAAAAAUAAUAUUCCUGAAGAAAUAGCGCCAGAUUAUAAGAAUAGAAGUCCUGAUCUAAUGGAAAGUAUCGAAAAGCCAAUACGUCCAAACCCGACAUCUGAGGUAGAAGCUGGUGAUACAUCUCAUGAAGUUAAUAAAAGUGUGACAAAAGAACCUCCCAAGAAGGCUCCAACCUUCAAAGUAGAUAUGCCUGGAGCAGCUGUGAUCACAAGAAAUGUAAUCUCAUAUAACUAUGGUGCUAAAGGGAAGACUACAAGAGAUUCAAAUAGAAAAUCUGAGCAUUCAGAUAGCGAUUAUGGAAAAAGCACAAAUGUUAUUAUUUCUAAAUCUAUCAGUGUUAAGCCAGGAGUCCAGGUUAAAAAGCAAGAGAAUGAACAAACGAAUCGAUACACAGAUGCUAACACUAUCAAUAACGUUCAGACCCAAAGGAGAAAUUCUCCCACAAAUCUUAAUGGACUCCUAGAGGACAUUGAUGAUAACAGCAGAGAUGUCUUUGGAAACCCCAGAAACGAUGUUCAAGUUGCCAAAUUCGAUACAAAGGAGGAUGAUCUUGAUGAGCAAAAGCUCUUAAAAGAAUUAGAUGAGUCUUCAAUUAUCAACGACUCUAAACCCCAAAGCAAGCAUCACCAAGUGUCUAUCAUGAAUGAGCUGAAUGAUAUUGAGGACACUCCUUCAGGCUUCCAUAAUGAACGUAAUAUUAUGAACAUAGAUAGCCAAGGACAUGAUCCUAUCAACCUGAGUGAUUCAGUAGGUAAAUUUGGUGAACAAUUGCCCAUUCCUCAACAUAAAAAAGCAGAGAAAGAAGAAGAACCUCCGUCUCCUAAUCAAUUCGUGUUAGAUGACCUUAUGGAUGAGCUUGGAGAAUCCAAAGGAGCUGAUUUCAAACCUAAUAUAGAAGUGAAUAAGAAGGAAUCAGAGAAAGAUAAUGAUUUUCUAGCUGAAUUUGAAUGGUAGACUAAAUUAACUUGACUCAUAAGCCUAAAUUUUGACAUGCUG